UGCGCUAAGUUGGCAGAAGCACUUGGGACGUUCGACCAACACAGCCUCCAGUCACCAGGAGUCCAAGAUUGGUUUGUGUGUCUGCGUGCGGAGUUCUCGCCUUGUGAACGGGACGGUCCGACCUCCAUCUAUUCCGUCCCAUACGGGAGCAUUCAAUGUGUUCAAGCUUCCUGCACAGCUAGUGGAUAGAGACGGGAGAGAAAAAAAGAGGUAGUAGGAAAGGUGGUGUAAGUUUUCACCAGCUGUCUUGUGAGACGCAGUGAAAUCUACUCCGGUGAAGAGCUUCUGCGUGGGACGGGUGGCGUGGUUCUCGUCCGGAAGAAGCGGGAACACUGGUGGAUUUCUACUUCAGUAACAUGUACGACAUGUGAUAUGCCCCUGCGACGUCUCUUCGGAGGCGGCGAGCAGCCUUUUAGGAUCGCCAAGCAGACUUCGCUCCCAUUGGUGCUCCGACUGAACUGCCUCCUGGUAACCUUCCUGCUCGCACAUUACCACAGCACCGGCGCUGAGAAGGUCGUCUGUCCGCCUUGGGAACAAAGUCCCUGGUGCCCCUGCUACCACUUCGAAGAUGGUGUCUUCCUCGAGUGCCCCUCAACAAGCCCCGAACAAAUACGCGCCACCCUGGCGGAGAUUCACAGCCCCAUCAAGUCGCUCAGCAUCUACCAUCUCUCUGGCAACUUCACAAUUUUGCCCGAUGGUUUUUUCCUCAAUCGAUCUAUCUCACAUCUUCACAUCUCGUACACCGAGAUCGAGACUAUCGAAAGCGAAGCCUUCGUUGGACUCGAAGACGUUCUGGAGGCUUUAUCGAUUACAAACAGCAAACUCAAAGAAGUGCCUCAAGCAGCACUGAAGAACCUGAAGGCACUUCGUUCUUUAGACCUGGAUUCAAACGCGAUUUCUGACAUCGAAGGAUACGCCUUCUACGGAUUGCAACUGUCCAGUUUGCAGCUUCCAAAUAACAACAUCGCAACUAUCACCGAGUAUGCGUUUGGCGGACUAGAAAAUAGCUUAGAAGAUCUAAACCUAAUCAAUAACAAACAGAAAGUGUUCCCGCUUAAUGCACUAAAAAGAUUGAGAACGCUGAAGACGCUUAAGUUGGUUUGGAACGAAAUUGAAGAGAUUCCGGACGAUGGAUACACCAGGUUCACGGCGCUGCAACGGAUAGACUUAAGUUCAAAUCAUAUUCGCGAAUUAAACGACCGUAGCUUUGUAACUAUGCCACGACUCAACUCCUUGUCGCUUUACAUGAACUACCUAAGUGACCUAGAUGAUUCGUCGUUCAUACAUCUUCAAGAACUUGAGGCGCUAGAUCUUAGUCACAACACGAUCCUCUCGCUGAGCCGCCGGGUGUUUGCGCCGCUAAGAAAACUACGUACUGUUGAGCUCAGCUUUAACCACCUACACAGCAUCGAAAGAGGGACGUUUCAGAACAUGACUCUUCUACGCGAAGUCCUGCUCUCCAACAACAACAUCUUACGUAUCACCAAUGAAACAUUCAUGAAUUCCACUCAGAUAUCAGUGCUGUUUCUGCAGAACAAUGCAAUCACGCAGAUAGAAAUUGCUGCUUUCUAUUCCCUCCACCAUCUGUACCAGUUGCAGCUCUCGUUCAACCAGUUACGUACAAUUCACCCUACGUUGUUCAAGAACAACCGAGAAUUACGAUCCUUGUCGCUAGACAACAAUCUCAUCGCUGACCUUCAUCCAGGAACUUUCCAGGAACUAGUGGAACUGAGAGACCUGCGCCUGCAAAAUAAUCUCCUGAAACGUGUUCGAAAAGGUGUUUUUUACUCUCUGCCUAACCUUCAAGAGCUGCACCUACAAAACAACCGCAUCGAAGCCAUAGAAAAUGAAGCACUGCAAAGUUUAGCGAACUUACAGCACCUCAAUCUGCAAGGGAACAACCUGAGAGACAUUGGCGAUGUGCUGAGCAGGUAUCCCUCAAGUCUACGGUCACUUCUCCUGAGCCACAAUCAGAUUAGCAACAUGCAUACAGACAGUAUGAGUGGACUCAACAAAAUGGAGAUACUAUGGUUGAACUGGAACAAGCUGAAAACACUCAAGAAGGAGAUAUUUCGGGACCUAAUCGAGGUGCAGAAGCUGUACUUAGACCACAAUGAAAUUACUUCUAUCGAAGAAGGAGUAUUUGACAGGAUGGUGAAACUGACGUCUCUAAACCUCGAGCACAAUAAUCUGAACCACGUCAGCACGGACAUGUUCAGAGGGGUUGAAAAACUCGAAGAAUUAUACCUCUCUCACAACCAUAUCAUGGACAUCGAACCACAAACAUUUCAGUCAUUGAAGAGCUUGAAAAUAUUGCACAUGUCUCACAACCAGAUAUAUGUUAUCCGGAAAUAUAUGUUCGAAGGUCAAAUCCCUCUGCAAGAACUUGUGCUUUCGGGAGUCAUGGCUGAAGACGUUGAAGCAGGAUCUUUUCUGGAACUUUCUGGACUCGUUACUUUGGAUAUCAGCAAUAACAAAUUGAGUAGCGCAAGAGUAGACUUCCUUUUUCUUCCGAGCGUGAAACACCUGGAUAUAUCUGGGAACAACCUCACCUCUGUUCACGACAACAUAUUUUACGGCCUGUCCUCGCUGCAGACCCUCAAUGUCGAAAACACGGGCAUCGGUCCUCUUACGCGCAAGCUGUUUGAGCCCCUUACAGAGCUGAAAACGCUGAACCUCAACGGCAACCACGUGAGACAACUAGAUGGAAAAUCGUUCGCUACCAUAAGCCUCGUAAAAGAACUGAAACUCGAUAGCAACGACGUCGAAUUCGUUCCGUCUGCAGCAACAGAGCAACUUUCUAAUCUUGAGCACCUUUCACUGUGCCAGAACAAAAUUAAGGUUGUCCACAGUAAGGCAUUCAGGAAGAACGGCGCCCUGGUGAGCUUGCAUUUUACCAAUAAUUCCAUUGCAUCAAUAGUCAACGACGCAUUUUUCAACUUGACCAAAUUGAAGCAACUCAGCCUCGCAAAUAAUUCCUUGACAUCACUUCCCAUCGACGCCCUCUCUUUUUUAGGGUCUCUGGAGUCAUUGUCGCUUGAAGGCAAUAAACUGACGUACAUUCCCAAUGCAGUUUUCACGCCUCGCAUUAACAAACUAAAGACUCUGAACCUGAAUCGGAACCCCCUCAUUCGAGUCCGCGAAGACUUCACAAUAGAGGGUACACUUCCGUCUCUCGAGCAACUGGAGAUUCGUCAUGGAAAUAUUUCUAUCAUUGCUUCAAACGAUUUCGUCGGUUUUCCCAACUUACAAUCGCUGUCGUUGCGCCACAACAGCAUUGUCAAGGUUUCGCCAGGAGCAUUCAUACCACUUCGACGUCUUGCGUCCCUCGAUCUUGGCUACAACUCCAUUGAUAUUCUACCCUCUGAGAGAUUUCAAGGCAUAUCGGAGCUCAAAGUCAUCAACUUGACCAACAACCAUAUUUCCGAAUUACCACGAUUUGGACCGGAUUUACAACACUUGGAGAAGCUUGAUCUCUCGUUCAAUAAACUCACGCGCCUGCACGAGGGAGUGUUCAGCAAAGUGCACUCUGUGAAGUACCUGUCGUUCGCAAACAAUUACAUUUCCUGGGUACACGUGAAUGCAUUCCAGAAUCUAAGCUCUCUUGCUGAGCUUGACCUGCGCAGCAACAAACUGGCAUACCUCACCAGCACCGUGUUUCGACCCAUCGAGGUUCGCUUGGCGAAACUGGGACUCACAGGCAACCCAUUCCACUGCGACUGCCGCCUGCUGGGCCUAUGGGAGUGGCUACAAGACCACCCGCGGUUAUCCUCGCCCGACCCGCUGUGUUCGCAGCCGGAGAAGCUGGCAUCGCAGUCCAUUGGCUCCCUGCACCCCGUGGAUUUCUGCCCCGCGCCUCUCAUGACCUCUGCCGAGGUGCGCCUUCUCGACCACAAUCGUCUCUCUGUGUACUGGGACGUCCAGAACGGCACGCUCAUAGGAGGGUUCUUGGUCACGUACCACGCCACAUCGGAACCGGCUCCCGCGGCCGGUGCCUCGCUAGAGCCCACCGUGCGUCGCUACGACAUCGAUGGCCUCCAGGCAGAAACGUGGUACACAAUUUGCGUCACAGCAACCGGCAAGUAUUUACGUAGCCUGGGUCGACCUACUCCGUAUACUACUGACGUCGAGAGGCCGUACGACUUGUCAACAACCAAUCGAAAGUGCCUGCAGGCUCGGACACUCGCGAAAACAGACAAAACCCGGAUUACGCUCUCUACUCUGGGGCUCAUCCUCGGUGGGAGCGUUAGCGCAGCCCUCGUGUUGACGCUGGCGAUACUCUUAACGGCGCUGAGAUUUCGAAGAAGGAAGCGAAGACGGCCUGCCAAAGCCAACGAGGUGCCACAGGAGUAUAUUUCCUACAGGCAUUUCUCUAUUCAGAGCAAUGAGGGGGUGUAUUCCUGACAAAGGGAGCAACGUUUGGCGCAGGGGGACAUCGUCAUUGAGUAGUGAAAGUAGUGGGGAUUUCAACACAUGUCCACAAAUAUCCUUACCCGACGAAAGUACUUUCACAGUUCACUACGGUGACGUUGUGCAUUCUGAGUGUGAUGCUAAAGUGACUACAGACGAAAGUGAUUGCUAUCGCGACCAGCCAUACGUCUGGACGACUUCGGGCGACGCUCCUGCUGUACUUGACAGUGAUCUACCGGAUCCACAUUGUGAAUUGUGACAACAUGUGUGCAUUUGUGGUCUCCGCUCCUUUGAAGACGUCGGUGACUUCACGGCUUUUAAGAUUGUCAUUCGUUAGACAAGAGUUGCAUUCAUUAACAUUCACUCUGAAAAUGCAUCUGCAUUUGUAGACGGGACAAAUGGUGGGUGCAAAGAAUAUACGCUGAAAGUGUGAAAUAACACAGCGUGCACAGAGCUCUUAGAUGGACUCUAACGUGCAUGAUGGGUUUGUUCUGGUAGAAACAGACAUCGCAUGGUUGUGCUUCUGGGUCGCCAAAAAAGAAAUCUCCUACUGCGUAUUUUCUACCUUUGUUUUCCGCAUAUCACAGUAGACUGCUAAGUAAGAAAAAAUAUAGCAUGCAACAAAUAUCCCCAUGUAAAAUCGUAAGCAAGUGUCUAAGAGGUCCAGUGAAGAACAGCAUGAAGUAAGAAAUGUACCAGAAAGAUGAAGGACGGUAAGACCGGUGAACACGUUAUGAUUUUGUUGAUACGAAGAAAUCUUUAUAGUAGCGUUCUCGUUUUUAUUUUGUCUCUUUUUUCUCGUUGUAAUUCGUUGUUACGCUUCUACUCAUUGUCAUUUGCGAUGUCGCCUGCGCGGCGCUGGGCUAUGCGUUGACCCGCAUGCAUCCAUUCUGGAAAGCUCUUAUUAGCACCGCGGUGCGUUGCAACUUUGGGACUUGCAUCGGACACGAUGGUGUUAUGAUGAACAGCAGACGUUAUUUAUAUCAAUGGAUUUGAACGCCCCUGUAUAUACCGUGUUCCUAAUGACAAACCAACGGAUGUGAAGUCGUGCACCUGUGUAACACUUUGUGUGGAUUUUGUUAUUUGUGUCACAAACAUACUGCAGUUUUGUGCCCCUCUCAUGUGUGAUCCACAUGUACAAUUUGCCUAAUUGCACAGUGCACAACCCUUCUUAAUUCCGUUAAAGUUAUUGCUUCGCGAGCUGUACCAGAAAGGAGGGAAAUCCGCGACGAGCUUCUGUUUUCACAUUAUGAUUAAUUGCAAAUGAAUCGUGCAACACAAAGGUAAUUUGCAUCUGUCCGUAGCAUUGAUAAUUAUGAUCGAGAUCUCUGCAAAAUCUUAGGAAAGUUUGUCCUCUUCAGAUGGCAUUAAAAUGGCGCACUGGCAGAAACCCACGUGACAUUAUCACGUUGCAAGAGGCACACAACUUCUUUGUACAUAUUACAGCUAGCUUCAUGCUGUUCACGUGUAUUUCUACACAUUCUCAUCUGUAAGCCAUAGGAGAUGAGGUCAUCGAGAUGUGAGUCAAAGAAUAAUUAUUUCUUACCACUGUGAGGGUGACCGUCUGAUGAAUGUGUUUUUGGUCGAGCACAACACGUUGGCGUAUGACGUGCUUUUUAAUGGGCACGACUCAUACCGUAUGAACUGCGAGGUUUGUAAAGUUCCAUUGAAUUUAGUUCGGGGGUUUUGAAUAAACUUGUUCUAUUUGUA